ACAUGGCGCAAUCGGACUCUGUUUUCCCCUCAUUAUUACUUCUUCUUCUUUCUCUUUUUUCUCUCCCUUUCUCACGUUCUCGUCGCGGCACAACCAAACAAAAAUUUUCGCACAGUAUCAUUUUACUUGUAUUCCAUCCGUCGUCGAACACGAUUGCAACCCAAUUUGAUGACUUGGCAGUCAUGCAGCGCCACGGCUUUCAUCGCCAGUCAGCGACGAGUUUUGAUGUCAGAGGCCAUGAUGGCGUCAGAACUCUUGAUUGGGCGUGAGACCAGUUAAGGUGCAGAGUGAGCUCGAGCACGUGAGGCGGAGAGAGCCUCUGGAGUUUAGCCAUCCUCGGGGGAGAGCACUGCCCCUUCGGGUUUGUGUCGUCGAGCAAGAGUUAAGAGUCGGUCAGUCAUCCUUACGGUCUUUUCUCCACCCCAACCCCUUCAUCUCUAUCUCCUGAACUUCUAUUGUCCUCGUUGCACUUGCCAAAUGCCUUUCCGAUGCACAUUUUCUCUACAAGUUCAUCACCCAUGGCGACGCCUGGUAUAUAAGCUGACAAAGUACUGCAUCACUUGCAAGAAUCUACGGUUUUCUCGUUUGAUCUAUCUCAGACGUGAGGCUAAAGCGUCAGCCAGCUUAGGCUGUCGUUAUUGCAUCCUUAUUCUCAACGCUUUGGAGCACUUCUGCCCCAACAGCGCUAAUGACGAUUUGAAGCUCAUAGACUUCUUCCGCGAGGGAGGGCGCUAUUCUCUUCGUGUUGAUGGAGAUGUCCUUGACGUUCGCCUUGAGCUAGAGCUAUACACACCGGCAGGUCAUCCGCCAGCUUGGCUGGGUAUUCCCCAGAACGCCAAUCCCCUUGACGUCAAUAUGAGCGGCUCGCCUCAGAUACCCGAGACUUAUGAGUAUAUUCGUUCCUGUCUUCGAGACUGCGAGGCCAAUCACCCGGAAUGCAAAGUUGCAGGUCAGGAACUGCCCACGCGGCUGUUAGACGUACAGCAUGAAGGCGCGCAGCAAGUGAUACUUGUCGAAACAGCGUCGCUUUCUGUGGGGGCCAAGAUGACCUACAUAGCCCUUAGUUACUGCUGGGGAAAAGGACAGAGUCUGACGCUGACGUCCGAAAACCUGGAGGUUAUGAAGUUAGGUCUUAUGGUCUCCAGUCUGCCGCAGACUUUACAAGAUGCCAUUGCCGUUACCCGAACGCUGGGUCAACAGUACCUAUGGGUAGACGCCUUAUGCAUCAUCCAAAACUCUCCAAGCGACUGGGAAGUUGAAUCGUCGAGGAUGGCCUCGGUAUACCGUGAUGCCUAUCUAACUAUUGCUGCUGCUACUGCCUCUGACGUUACUGAGGGGUUUCUAUCUCGCAAUUACCGGGAAACAAAUCCUUGGUACAGGGAGCCAUGUCACGAGGAAUGGAUCAAUCAGGAAGCCUGCUCGACCAUUUUAGGCGUUCGAGAGAUAAACAAUUUUUUAAGGCGCCAGGAGGACCACAACCGGGCUCUUGCGCUGCCCUGGAAUCUUCGCGGGUGGACAUUGCAGGAACAAUUACUCUCGAGGAGAGUACUCAAAUAUCACGCUUACGAGCUUCGCUGGGUUUGCCAAAAUAAAGCGGCGUGCCAAUGUCGUUCGAACUGGAGUUGCAGCUUGGUGGCUAAAGACCCGCUGGAUUCGCCCACGUAUAGGUUCGAAUCUGCCAAGUUGGCCCAUACACAAUGGCGCCACAUUGUUGUUGACUAUACUGCCCGCGAGCUUACCGAUGCCCGUGACAAGCUACCCGCAAUUUCUGGUCUUGCACAAGUCUUUCAACAAGUCAUACAGUCUCCAUAUAUCGCAGGCAUGUGGGAAAACCAACUACCUUUGAGUCUCUUGUGGGUUGCUUCCGGGAGCCAAGUAAGAUGUGCUCCAGAGCUUUACAUAGCACCUACUUUCUGUUGGGCGUCAACAUCCUCGCCAGUCCAAGGAUUCGUGGAAGAUCGGUUCUACUUUACAAGUGAAUGGGUCUCUCAGAAUGUGGUCGAAGAUACUUGCUCCAUUGCCGAUGGUAAAGAUCCAUUGGGUCGGGUGAACAACGGCUGGAUCAAACUCUGUGGUUAUAUCUUCAGAGCCGCUCUUGUUGACUACCCUGAGCGUGGGGCAAGAUAUUCGCUUUCCACCAAAUAUCUGGGAGAAAACCCUUUUGAUAACGACACCUGGCUAGAAGAGUCUGAAGCAACAGACGAACAUGGCAACCUGGAGAGAUCUGUUCGUCGAUUUCGUCGACUCUCGUCCAUAACUCCACAAGAACACGAGCCCUCGCCGCCUAGAAUACCUUCCGCCGCUGUUGUGUAUCUGUUCUUGGUCGGAUCUAUAUCUGGGCGUGUUUUCUUCCUAGUACUAGGGUUGUCAAGCGACAAACCAGGGAUGUAUGAAAGACUGGGUCUUCUCCAACAUCGUGAAUACACCCAGGGACAAUGGGAUGACUGGAUUUCUGGUCUCAUCUCUGCGGCAGACGAGCACAAGGUAAUCACCAUAGUUUGAUCUCGGGGGCAGUUGGGCAGUUCAUGACUGGGUUACACAUGUACAUAUACGAGUCUAUCCGGAUUGGGACUGGAGUUUCUGUUGGCUUGAGAACCGGAAGACAUGUUACGCGUUUCUUUUUUCACA